GGGUGAAGUCCGAAAAUCGUGUUUAAAAGUGACUUUGUUUUCUUUUCUCUCCAUGUUCUUCCCAGGUCCCGGGGUCAAGGCCACCUACUCGGAUGAACGCAGAGAAGCUCUGCUAAGCAACGACCGGGAUUCACCGACUUUAACGGCGGGGCGGGCGGAGGAGAACGAUGAACCUGAGGAGAAGGGAGACGAUAGUUUGACGGAUGACAGAGAGGACGACGCGCGCUCCCCCUGCCUCUCUCGAGAGAACAGUAGUGACCCAGGUGACACAAAAGUGGCACGAAAGAAGAAAACCCGCACCGUGUUCAGCCGCAGCCAGGUCUUCCAGCUGGAGUCCACUUUCGACCUGAAACGCUACCUGAGCAGCUCGGAGCGGGCCGGGCUGGCCGCCUCACUGCAGCUCACCGAGACCCAGGUGAAGAUCUGGUUUCAGAACCGCAGGAACAAGUGGAAGAGGCAGAUUGCCGAAGACAUGGAGGCUAGCAGCAGCACAGCAGCAGUAGCCGUUCCCUACGCCACGCAGAGGGUCGUCAGGGUUCCCGUGCUGUAUCGCGAGAGCGUCAGCACACCUGUGACGCUGACCAGCCUGCCCCAAGCCUCGCCAUCCGUGGUUGGCUUCUCUAAUUCUAUUAAUUAUCCAUUGACUGCUCACUUCACCCAUCCAGUGUCGUUUGUAACACCACAGAUGUCCGGACUGGUGUCACUUUAAGGGUGGAGGAGACAUUAAGGCUACUCGGCUUAGCCUUCUUGUGACUCUUCGGACAACAAUGAGUCAAAUAAAGAUAUGCAAAAAUUAACCUCUGCUAACGCACCGGGGAUAAAUCAUCCAGUUAUUUACUGUCUCUUUUGGAUUUUUUAUUGAAGCAACUUAAAUAAGUACAUCCGAGUUUAGAUUAAGGUGAAUCACUCAUCAAUCAAUCCUCAAAACAAGACAAUUUCUCCAUAGUAGCAGUGCUUUUCUCAAUUAAUUUUAAUAACCUGUCAUUUUUUAAAGAUUCACUGCUAGAUUUAAUAACAGUGAUAGAUAUUUUUUGACCAUUUAAGUUGCCCACAGUGUUGUCCUCAGGCCUAAAUGAAGACGUGAUCACACAGGAUUUUGAUAUAGCUCUAUUUUGUGAUGUUUUGUUCAUAAUUGUGUGGAUGACCCACGUGCAUAUUGGAACAAAUAAGGGUCAGUAAUGUUUUAGGCUUGUGGAAUUAUGUUCAAAAGUAAUUUCAAACAUUGUGAUUGGACAUCAGCUGAUAUAUACCUGCGACAAAACUCUGCAUAAGAAAUACCAGCUGAAGAGCAAAUUUGGGAAUGCUGAAAUAUUAAUGUGUGCACAUGUGAUAUCAAUUGAGAGGUUACACACACAAAAAAAGCAUUUGUGAACGCCUGAGUACAGAUUCAAAGCAUAAAACCAUGAAACUCAAAGUUCCCACACUGUGUGUGACGCUGAAUUCACAUUCAAACACACUUUACAGGUAAGGAUUUUAGCUCUUUACAGACAAAAUCACUGCCACAAUUUACACAUUAAAUUUCUUGUGUAACCUCACUGUGCAACUUUUCCACGUGUUCAAAUUUUGCCGCAGGUUUUCAAAUUCAUCUGAACAUUUUUUCCCAAGUUCUAGAAUAAUUUGACCCUUAUUUAACCUUAUACACAUAACAUGGGAAUAGAUUGCACUGUAUGACUGGACUGCUCCUCAAAGUGUAGAAACUUGAUCAUUGAUGAAAAGGCAUUUUGGUGUUUGUGACUUCUGAUAGCUGUGAGCAUGGGCACAUAUUAGCAAUAAUCUUUGAUUUACACAUUUGUUUUAUUUAAGAAGAUUUUAAUACAGACUUUUGUACACUGAUGUGUUCACGUGUGAA